ACAUCAACAUGUGACUCACUUUGACCCUGAGAGAUCCAAUCUGGUCUGGCCUGGCCUGGUCUGGUCUCUCUUCUUCUUCAUCCAAAACCUCCUCACUGCCGACAAUUAUUUCCUCACAAAGUCGACAGUGUCCUAAGAUUUCCUAAUCUUUCACCUGCUUUGGCUCCAUUCCCUAAUCAGUCAUUCUUCUUCUUCACUCACACUGUCAAGUGGGAACACUUCCCCCUUCUGCUUCUCGGGAAAUGGGGUCUGUCUCGUUGAAGAUCGGCGAUGGGACGGCCCGGUUCCGGCGGGCCACAAUCUGCUCGUCCGCCGUCAACAUACUCAUGCUACUCUCCGUCGUCGCCACCAACAUCUUCGCCCUAUACGCCUUCACUUACUCCUCCCCCAGGGCCCACCAGACCCUCCUCCACCACACCCACAAGAACGUCCACCUCAUCUCCGAGCAGGUCUCCCUCAUCCUGCGGGAGAUCGAUGCCUCCCAGAAGAAGCUCGCGAAGAUGGAGAAGGAGCUCCUCGGCUACGAAAGCCUCGACCUUUCCCGCCCCAACAUCGCCUCUGAGCUCAAGAUUUUCCUGGACCGCCACUCCCUUCCCCUCGGGAAGGACUCGAGGACCGGGAUCACCGAGAUGGUGGCCUCCGUCGGCCACUCCUGCGAGAAAUCCGCCGACUUGCUGUCCCUGUACAUGACCUACAAGCCCCUCGGGCCCUGCCCCGACGAUUGGAGCCUUGCCCAGAAGCUGAUCUUGCGCGGCUGCGAACCUCUGCCCCGGCGGAGAUGCUUCGCGAAGUCGAUCCCAAAAACGGGUUUGCGCCCUUUUCCCGUUUCUCUUUGGAAGAAUGUCAGUGACAAGAGUGUGAGUUGGAGUGGCUUAGGAUGUAAGAGCUUCGAGUGUGUGAACACUAAGAAGAUCACGAGGGAGUGUGCCGGUUGCUUUGACUUGGUCAACGGGUAUGAGCCUCAGAAGUUUGUUAAGGCUAGGGGUAAGAAUGAUUUCCUCAUUGAUGAUGUUCUGACUAUGGGUGGAGGUUCCAUUAGGAUUGGGUUCGAUAUCGGAGGUGGGUCUGGGACCUUUGCGGCGAGAAUGUCUGAGAGGAACGUGACUAUGAUCACUAACACGUUGAACAUCGAUGCUCCCUUUAGCGAGUUCAUUGCCGCAAGAGGGCUUUUUCCGCUGUUCCUGAGCUUGGACCAUAGGUUUCCCUUCUAUGAUAAUGUUUUCGAUAUCGUACAUGCCUCGAGCUUAUUGGAUGUUGGGCCUAAGGUGGAGAAGCUGGAGUUCUUGAUGUUCGAUAUCGAUAGGAUCCUGAGAGCAGGUGGGCUGUUCUGGUUGGAUAACUUCUACUGUGCUAAUGAGGAGAAGAAGAGGGUUUUGACCCGAUUGAUUGAGCGGUUCGGGUACAAGAAGCUGAAAUACGUUGUGGGAGAGAAGCCCGAUGCUUCUGGGACAGGGAAGUUGGAGGUUUUAUCUGCUGUCCUGCAGAAGCCGGUCAGGGUAUGAUCUAUAUUUUAGAGGUUCUUACACAAGAGGUAAGGAUAUAGUUGCUAUUUGGUUUUGGGUUUCUCAACACAGGAUUGAUGCAAAUUUAUAGGCUUUGACCUCGGGCUGGAAUUUAUCAGCAAUGUGCAAUAAAUGUGCCAAUUGUUUACUUCUUUGCGAUGAGAUAUUUCUUAUCAGCAUUAUAGGAUGGUGAUGGCUACUUUCACUUUUUGCAAUUUAAGAAUUGUUAUAUCUUGGUUUGUGCUGUAUUAGUCUUACGGAAAUGUCAAGUCUAGACAAACCAUUAGGAUCCGGAAAACAUAAAGUGUACUAUUAUUUCUGCUAGAAAUUUCACAUUUUACAUUGUUAUGAUUUUGCAAUAAAUUUAUUGUAUGUUGGUUGGA